CAUCCCCUUCCCCAAACUGCUGCAGCAUGGACGGUCGCGGGGAGGGAGCCGAGGAGCACCCCCAGGAUUCCCCCCAGGAGCAGGAAGAUGAAGAUGACGAGGAGGAGGAGGAGGAUGAUGAGGAGGGUGGGGUGCGGAUCACGGCACAACUGCUGAAGGCCAGCAGCGGGGAAUUUGCGCUGGAGUCCAUCCUGCUGCUGCGGCUGCGCGGCCGCAGCAUCGCCCACCUGGGCUGCUUGGGCGACUGUGCCAACCUGGAGUGGUUGGACCUAUCCGGCAACGCCAUCACCCGCCUGGGCCCGCUGGCAGCCCUCAAAGCCUUGGCAGUGCUCAACCUGGCGCAGAACCGCGUGGCCAGGCUGGAGCCACUGGCGUCGUGCCACAACCUGCAGAGCCUCAACCUGGCAGGCAACCGGCUGGGCAGCCUGGCACGGCUGCGCUGCCUGAGCGGGCUGCGGCGGCUGGAGAGCCUGCGGCUGCGCGACCCCCGCACCGGCAUCGCCAACCCGCUGUGUGCCAGCACCCCGACAUACCGCGCCACGCUGGCCGCCAUGUUCCCCGGCCUCAAGUCCAUCGACGGCGAGCGGGUGUCGGGGCGCGGCAGCGAGCUCUACCAGCUGUGCCGCGACCUCGACAGCUCGCUGGGACGUGGCGGCGCCGCCGGUGCCAGCACUGCCACCGAAGCGCCGCAGCGGGCGGCACAGCCCUGGGUGGAAGCGGGGUUCUGGGAGGCGCGGGCCCCACGGCGCAGCUCCAUCGUGGAAGAGGCUUACCGGCAGUUCGGCGAGGCCCUGCGCGAGUGCCGCGAGCUCGGCCGGCGCGCCGACGACUCCAUCGCCCAGGCACAGCGGGCGCUGGGCACCCGGCACGACCCCAGCUCCUUCGUUUUCUGAGACACAUCCCCCACGCGCCGGGACCGGCAGAGGAGACCUCCGGCACCGACCCCCAGCACUGGAUGCUGCCAGCGCCAGCCUGGCACAGCCCUCGAUGCAGGGACAGUGAGGCAGCUGGAGGGAGACUGGAGCAGCCAGAGGGAUACUGGAGCAACUGAAGGGAUGGCAAAGCAACCAUGGGGAUACUGGAGUGACUGGAGGGAUGCCGGAGUGACUGAAGGGGUGCCGGAGAAACCAGAGGGAUGCUGCAGUGACGGGAAGGACACUGGAACAGCCAGGGGAAUGCUGGAGCAACUGGAGGGGUACUGGAGGGAUAUUGGAACAGCUAGAAGGAUACUUGAGUGAGUGGAGGAAUACUAGAGUGACUGGAGGAGUUCUGGAGCAACUGGAGUGAUGCCAGAGCAGCUGCGGUGAACCCAGCCUUGCCUGCAGCCUGGGGGGCUGCCAGACCCCCCCUGCCAUGCCAGGGGUGAACCCCCAGAGCCAGGCAUGCCUGGGCUGUGCCCCAAGCACUCCAGGAGAGGGGACAGCAGAGCCAUGGCAGGAGUCAAGAUGUCACAAGGAGCUUGAAGGCAGCCCGGGUGGCUGGAAGGAGCUGCAUGGGGGUG